AUGUCACAAUCUGCCACACCACCACCUUCCACCAACGAUCCACCAUGCGAGUUAUGCGAAACUCUAAAAAUCGCCUGCGUUUCGCACAGUGCCAACUGCGAAAUGUGUACGAAACGGCACCGCACCUGUUCGCUCAACGAAAAGCCACGGAAGAACAAAAAGCGCAAGAAAUCCGACAGCGAAAUACCGACGAAACUCGAAACCCUCAAGACGGAUAUACGAAAGAAGCUCAAACGUCUAGCGGGUGACAACGAAACCCUCAAAGCGAAGGUCGAAAUGAUCGGACCGGAUAUCGACGACCAAAUCGACGAGAUCGUCGAGGCGGUAAAGGCGGAACUGGGCGAAUAG